AUGUUUCGAUCCGUCCUCACGGCAGGUGCGGGCGCCCUGACGACGGUCCCGGCGUUCUUUCUGUGGACGAGGAACUGCAACAUAGAAGAUCUCCCUACCACCGACGAACUGUUCCGCAACGCUUGGUUUGCCAAGUACAAUCCGACACCGGCACCGAAAGCGGAAAUGCGUGAUGUCUGCGUGAGACGGUAUCCAUUGAGCCAAAUACGGCCGGAGCUGGUGGAAGAUGCGCGCAGAGGUGGGACGGCCAUGAUUGAAUCUUUCAACCAGGGCAUCUGGGGUGGAUUUGGCUACGCGUUCCAGCGAUGGUACCUGCGCCAGCGCUACGGCGCGCUGCCCGAGACGCAAUCGCAGCUAUGGACGAAGCAGUCGUUGCUGCAGAGCAAGUACGACACCGGCACGGCAUUCACUGACCACCUGGUCGUGCUAAACAAGACGCCGCAGUCGAUCAUCCUGCGUGGAGGGCAGUCGCCACGCAACCAGCCCGAGACGCCCCGCGACAUGGAUGGGCUACUCGAGAUCCAGGCAGUGCCGGACUUCGACAACGGCUACGUCGAUUUCAAGUUCAAAUCCGUCUUCUUCGCCGGUACAGGGUUCGACGCAUCGUCUGGUGCCAAGGUCGUUCCGGAUCCUCUUGUUUGGGCGCACAAGCAGUACACCAAGCUGCUGGUGGAAUCCGGGCUGCGUCGCGUGAGGAAUCAGGUGUGGUUUUCUGGAGGGUGA